GUUUAAGAAUAAAGGCCCUCUUUUCUUCAAAGUCAUGGAGAGUAUAUAAACCAAUCACAUGCAUUGAUACUAUUUGAAACCCCUCUCUCUCUUUCUCUCUCUCAAUUUUAGUCUAAAGAGUGAUCAAAUAGUAGUGAAGAGUUUUGAGGGUGAAAAAAAAAAAAGAAUCCAUGGGAAGACCUCCUUGCUGUGACAAAGUUGGCAUCAAGAAAGGUCCUUGGACACCUGAAGAAGAUAUCAUCCUUGUUUCUUACAUCCAAGAACAUGGUCCGGGAAAUUGGAGAUCCGUUCCUACUAAUACAGGGUUGUCAAGGUGCAGCAAAAGUUGCAGACUUAGAUGGACAAAUUAUCUGAGGCCAGGAAUCAAGAGAGGAAACUUCACUCCUCAUGAAGAAGGAAUGAUUAUUCAUCUGCAAGCUCUUCUUGGUAACAAAUGGGCAGCCAUAGCUUCAUACCUUCCACAAAGAACAGAUAAUGAUAUAAAGAAUUAUUGGAACACACAUCUAAAGAAAAAGCUUAACAAAUUUCAAGCUGCAGCUUUAGAGUCAUCAAACUCAACAACUUAUGCAUCCAAGAGUUUCAGUGACAGAAGCUUAGAUAUCACCAACAACCAUGCUUCGUCGCUAAAGCUUAAUAAUAGUAAUAAUCAAAAUUCUCUUCAAUCUUCUUCAUCAACAUAUGCUUCAAGCACUGAGAAUAUUUCAAGGCUGUUAGAAGGUUGGAUGAGAUCUUCACCAAACUCACAGCAACAGAUGAAAGGAAAUUACCAAUAUGGUCAUCAUGAUCAUCAAGAGUUUCAAAGCAAUGAGGAUAAUGUUAUUAUGGAUGAUGAUAAUAAUAGCUUUGAAAAUAAUGGUAAUUUGUUGGUGAAGUCUGCUUCAGUUCCAGCUGAUUUAAACCUUCAAAGCCAUCAUCAUCACCAUCAUCAUCAUCAUCAGCAGGAGAAGAUUAGCAAAGAUGAAAUGGUUUCACAUGAUCAAGAGUUUGAUUCCAUUCUUUCAUUUGAGAAUCUCAACAAUGGUGUUACUUGGGACAAGUCAACUUGUGAUUCUAUGCCUGCUGAAAAGUGUUCUAAUGCUGCUGCUUCUUCUUCUUCUCAAAAGAGUAUCAAGAAUUUAUGCAAUGCUCCUCCUCCAUUGUCAUUUCUUGAGAAAUGGUUACUGGAUGAAAAUGUUGGUCAUGUUGAAGAAAUGAUGGAGUUAUCAUCUCCAAUGUUCUAACUUAGAACAAAAUUUAUCAAAUAAUUAAUCCCUAUAAGCUUGGGAUAUGUGAGAAGAAAAUAUUAUUUAAAUGAUAUAUGGUAGUAUCAUGAUAAAGUCAGAGAAAAACAAGAUAAAGAAAAUUCUCUGAUUAUUAUAAGAUUAGGGUUUAAUUUUUAUAUUACAUAGGUUGAGGGAUCUUAGAAGUUAGGAUCUCUUUCAGCUUGUAACUUGAAUUGUUUAAUUAUUUCAAGUACUAAGUUUAAUUUAGUGCAUGUUGUUGUUCUUUUUUCUUGUAGAAAAACUACAAGUUAAUGUUAAC